AUGGGGUCCCGCUUGUUUGGCAGGAUUACGGCUAAAUUCAGGAACCCGUCACGGACGCCGCGUCCCAAGGAAACAGCCGCGGCCCGCCCCGCGUCCACCCAUUCUCAAACAUCUCCACCCGACGCUACUCCGCAGUCUACAGCCGAGACGACGCCAUGUUUGACGGACUCUGGUUCCUCUCAAACAUUGCUAUCGAGUCUCCAGGAACGGCUAUGGAAUCAGGCAUACGAUGAGCUUAAAGCCAGCGAGCCUAAAGCUUUGGACGCGUAUGAGACGAUUCUGUCCAAUGAACUUUACCCAAACAACAUUGUUGAAAACGAGAUUGGUAAAACCCCUGAUGCAAGAUGUCAACAAAUGCAACAGCUGGUCCAGACAGGGCUGGAUCGCACGCUCAAGGAAACCUCUAUCAAGGAGGGAAUCGGUGAAUGCUUGGAGGUAGUGCAAAGAAUGAGGGGAAUAGUCGACAAAGCAAUACAGGCUGCUCCGCAGGCUGCUGUUGCAUGGGUUGGCGUUUGCAUUGGGUUAGAGAUCAUUUCGAAACCAGUCACUGAGGCCCGUAGCAACCGCAAAGGGAUCGCCUACGUUCUCUUGAGAAUGGAUUGGUACUGGAACCUUGCGGAUCUCUUGUUAGAUGAAAACAAAGCUGUCGAGGCUUCAGCUGGACUUCGCAAUGAAUUGGAGCGCCAUAUUUCUCAGCUCUACCAAAGGCUUCUCUUAUACCAGAUAAAGAGCAUCUGUCUUUAUCGCCGGAACGAGCUUAUCAAGAUUAGCAGGGAUGUGUUCUCGCGAGAUGAUUGGGAUGGGCAGCUUCGCCAUAUCCAAGAAGCAGAGGCUGCUAUACAAAGAGACGCAGACCAAUACAAUUCUGCACAGGUUAGAAAAUACCUUGACAACCUCGCCACCAUUGCAGUCUCCCAAGAAAAGAAGCUCAAUGGUAUCCAUUCAGCUAUCCAGGACCAAACACAGCAGCAAGAGAAGAGGUUUCAAGACGAGAAAGACAAGCAGUGCUUGAAGGACCUCUAUGAAACUAAUCCUGACAAGGACAAGGAGCGCAUUGAGCAUACCAAAGGCGGUUUACUCAGGGACUCUUAUCUCUGGAUCCUCGACAAUGCCGACUUCAAACAAUUUCGCAAUGAUCCGCAGAGUCGACUCCUGUGGAUUAAAGGUGAUCCUGGCAAAGGCAAGACUAUGCUUUUGUGCGGCAUUAUCAAUGAGCUGCUGAAGAAGCCUGAUGAGGUCCUAUCCUAUUUCUUCUGCCAGGCUACUGUGCCUCAAUUACGCAACGCAACAUCUGUCCUACGUGGCCUUAUGCACCUCCUCUUAGACAAGCGACCGUCACUUAUUUCACAUUUGCGGGCAAGGUACGAUACUACAGGCGAAAAGUUAUUUCAAGGCAUAAAUGUUUGGGGGUCACUGGAAGAGAUACUCACGGAUAUGUUGAAGGAUCCAACCUUAACAGAUGCUGUCUUCGUGGUUGAUGCCUUAGACGAGUGUACCACAGACAGAUCUCAGCUUCUUGACUUCAUCGUCAAAUCAUCGUCAACGUCUCACGUGAAGUGGAUUGUCUCUAGCCGUAACUGGCCAGAAAUUGAAGACAAACUAGACACUGCCGAACAAAAAGUCAGACUACAGCUCGAAUUAAAUCAAAACUCCAUCUCCAACGCAAUCACCUUCUAUAUUGACCAUAAGGUGGACGAGUUAGGACGGUUCAAGAAUUAUGAUGAAGGCACAAGACAUGCUGUCCAACAGUAUUUGGCAGAAAAUGCUAAAGGCACCUUUCUUUGGGUUGCCUUAGUUUGCCAAGAACUCGCAAAGGUCAAAAAACGACACACACUUGAUAAGCUCAGGGCGUUUCCUCCAGAUUUGAAUUUGCUGUACAGCCAAAUGAUACAACAUAUCAACGAUUCCGAGGAUUCUUCUAAUUGCAAACAGAUUCUGGCCAUCACUUCCGUCGUAUAUCGGCCUGUUAGCCUUCAAGAGCUAAAGGUUCUUGCUGGGUCGCUCGAAGCCUGUGAUCAGGAUGAGUUGAGAGAAAUUACUAAGUCUUGUGGCUCUUUCUUAACCCUCCAAGAUGAUAUUGUUGAAUUUGUGCAUCAAUCGGCGAAGGAUUACCUCCUUAGUGAGGCGACUGACUAUAUCCUACCUUCUGGCAUCUCGGACCAGCACCACGCCAUCUUUUUGAGAUCAUUGAAAACCCUGUCGCAGACACUUAAACGUGAUAUUUGCGGCCUGGGUGCUCCAGGUUUCCUCAUCGAUCAGGUUUCGAUAACUGAUCUCGAUAUAUUAGACCCAAUUCGUUACUCUACCACCUACUGGGUCGACCAUCUCAGCGAUUCGAAAUUCACAGAGAUAGACCAUGAUGGCGUUGCACAUAUCAAUGACUUUAUUCAAAGGAAAUACCUAUACUGGCUAGAAUCUCUUAGUCUGCUACAUUGCAUGCCUAAAGGCGUUACAGCUGUGCAGAAGCUUGAAGACAUUGCAAGUGAUACAAAAUUGCAGCAACUGGUGGAACUUAUUCAGGAUGCGCGCCGCUUUAUUCUUUCUCACAAACCAGCCAUAGAGAUCGCUCCGCUGCAGCUCUACGCUUCAGCACUUGUAUUCAGCCCCCCUGAUAGCCUAGUCAGAGUGCUUUUCAAGAAGGAAGAGCCCAGUUGGGUCACACUAAAGUCAGUUGCGAGAACGAACUGGGGAGAGUGCUUGCAGACGCUCGAGGGCCACGAUGACCCGGUGACCUCGGUGGCCUUCUCGCACGACUCGAAGCUCGUGGCUUCGGCCUCUGGCGAUAAAACAAUACGGAUCUGGCACGCGGAGACGGGCGAGUGCACGCAGACGCUCAAGGGCCACGAUGACUGGGUGUACUCGGUGGCCUUCUCGCACGACUCAAAGCUCGUGGCUUCGGCCUCUGACGAUAAAACAAUACGGAUCUGGCACGCGGAGACGGGCGAGUGCACGCAGACGCUCGAGGGCCAUGAUGGCCCGGUGGCCUCAGUGGCCUUCUCGCACGACUCGAAGCUUGUGGCCUCGGCCUCUCGCGAUAAAACAAUACGAAUCUGGCACGCGGAGACGGGUGAGUGCACGCAGACGCUCAAGGGCCAUGAUGGCCCGGUGUACUCGGUGGCCUUCUCGCACGACUCGAAGCUCGUGGCCUCGGCCUCUCGCGAUGAAACAAUACGGAUCUGGCACGCGGAGACGGGCGAGUGCACGCAAGCUACUAACAUAGGAGUUGUUACGACUAUCUUAUCAUUCGAACCAGAGAGUACGCGCUUACUAACUACAAAUGGUUCUUUUACUAUACUCGACGAUACGCCGUCUAUAUUCUCCUCUGCAAGUCCUCCCCGACAACUUCCUGCUAGUGCGCUCGCGUAUUCUACCGUCUGUGGCGUCAGCCGAGAUAAACGCUGGCUCACAUUAAACGGAGAGAGAGCGCUCUGGCUACCAGUGGAAUUUCGUCCCAGAUGCUGGGCGGUAUCAGAAUCUACUCUUAGUAUAGGAUGCAAUUCGGGGAGAGUCAUGACGAUUGGGUUUAUCCAAAGUGGAACCCCAAAGGUAUUCAGUCGUUAA